AUAGUUGUAUAACGUUGGAUAAUGCACACCUCACUCACACGAUGAUAAGACAACUUGCGGUUUUUGUUCUUGGUUUGGGGUUUUUCCUUUAUCGUGUUCAAGUGUACUUCGCUUUGCGGCAAGAAAAAGCCGAAUUGCGCUCAUUUCUAAAGGAAAACGAUCUUCUGGAUUACGAAGUUAAGUUGCAUAAAUUCGGUAAGCUUCAAUUAUCUUUAUUUUCUAAAAAAUAUGUAUGCUUUAUACAAUUAGAUCGAUGUCAUUUUGAAAUGAUAAAAUUAAGCUUAUCGUCGAUUCCCGAUUUCAAGUCCCAACUUCCAUUCCUACGGAUUUAACGAUCGUUGAACAGCUUAAGGUAAUACGUCAACUGCUGAAUCUCAUGUGGUUCUUCAUGGUUUUGCUAAAAUUUAGUUAAACACUGGUUUUUAAUGUUGUUCAGCUUUUGCUGAAGCUCAACGAGUGUUUCGUUGAAGUGUCGAAUUAUGCACACUUCAGCGGCAUUCUUGAAAGCAUAUCAAGAUCAAAUGAAAUCACUUACAAGUGCAAUAUAAUUGCAUGCAAAACGUCUUUGCUUUUUUUUUUGUUAGUUUGUUUUUGUUUGACUCAUUUGUAAGUAUCGUAUUUCCUUCUCUCCCACUUAUUUGCUUCAGUGUCAAAACUGUCACACAUGUGACAUAUGGGGGGAUGGGGGGGUGAUAUUUUUCAAAAACAGGAGCCGAUAAGUAAUCGGCCCUGUCAAACAUUUGCCUUCAAAUUCCCUGCCCACAGGCAAAUAAUUCCAGUCCAAUGCAUAAAAGUUUAGCCAUCAUGGGGUGCACGUUGUGGUGUCAGCCUUCAGUUUUACCUAUUUUCUGCUUUCUAGUUAAAGCAAUAACUGACAUCUUACGAGUUUUAUUGAAAUGCAAAAUGAGCUCGAUCUAAAUUAUGGAAUGUCAACUAAUGGCCCUGUCCCAUGGAUAAGAUAUAAGAAUGUGAUAUUAGGUUCUUUGGUGAAAAGUACCAAAUAAUAUUAAUUUUAUUUUAAAAGUCCUGAUUACUUAGGUACUUACUUCCGCAUUAUCUUCAAACGUAGGUCUCUUGAAACUUAAACCUUUCUGCAUGUUUUCAACCUGAUGGAGUUUUACAUUUUGAAGAUCGAGCUUCUGUUUACUGUGAUACUGCAGUAUUUUGAAACGUUCAAUAGAUCAUUUUCGGUAUAUUAAAAUUCAUACUUGGCUCCGAGGCUAGGGGAAAUAAAACAUAAGAAAUGUAUUAUUCCUUUCUGAGCCUUAGAUGACUUCUUUUGUUUUAUUCCCCCAAGCCUCGGAACCUCGGAAUGUGCUGGCUUGAUAGUCACUCUACUACCCAUGUACUAUUAGACAGCACUUCUGUCGUGGCGUGAUGAUCUGUUAAGCUUAAUACCUAAUACAAGCUUGUAUUAGAAAGUGUGGUUGUUAAAAUGGGAAAACAAAGUUGUAAAAGUCUGAAAUGUGUACCGUAACAAUAUUAUUUCUUUUUGUCAUUAUACUGAGAAAACACGCAGCUGGCUCAGUGGUAGUGAUUUCUUAAUUUAGCAGAAGUUUAAUCCUAGUGACAUAUCCAUAUUUUCCUUUAUAGGGAUCAUUUCCAAAGCCAAGUUUGCAAGUCUUGAUGCUCACAGAUUUCUUGUCCUUCAUGGCUCAUUCUGGGGAUUUUUUACGUUCAAUUCUGAGAAAGAAAGAUUAGAACUUUCUGCACAAAAAGCCAAACAUGAACUUCAACUGUUAUUUUGGCUUCAGCAGCUGGACUUGGAAAGUAAAUAUACUCGGCUGAUAUCACUAGGAAUAAACAGUGUGGAAAGUUUGGUCAGUAAUUUAAGUACUAUUAAGUUGGAACAGACUGUUUUUAGUGAUGAUGAUUUUACAAAGCUGCAAGCAGCAAUUAACUCAUGGGACGGUGAAUCAUGUGUUGACUCUUUCCCUGCCAAAAGUGCAAUAGCAGUCGGCUUUUCAUUUUCCUGGUGGACUAUUAAACUUUUAGGUGAGUCUAGAUCCAGCAGCUAGUGAUAAGCGCUCAGGGUGAUUAUUUAAAUUUCUGAGUCAAGUGGGGGAUGGGAAGGGGGGGUUUAAUUCAAAAGGGGGCACCUACAGUACACCUUGAGCUGACAUUAAAGAGACAUAUAACAGCUUAUGGUUGAAUGUUGUACUUUGUAAACUCUUGGAAAACUCCAGCAUUUCUCUUUUGAAAAAGUACUAGGAGGCGUGUGUGGCUGAGCGGUUAACACCUCAAACUCCUGAUCUGGAAGUCCAGGGUUGAAGCCUCACCUGUAGCAUUGUUUCCUUGGACAAGGAACUUUACUACACUUUGUCUCUCUUCACCCAGGUGUAUAAAUGGCGUAAUGGCGACAAUAUAUUACUGGGGGGUAACCUUGCAAUGGACUACUAGACUACUUGCAACCGGAAAUUGACUCUCAAAAAAGAUGAAAGCGGGCAAAUCUAUAUUAUUUACCCACAACUCAGUUCAAUAGCAGAGAUAGCAUCCUCCCCAGUAGUUUCUGAAAAAAAAAGCAAAUUUAGGAUAAGGAGGGAUUCUGAGGGUGUUGUUUAGUAUAAGAGUAGGAUAAAAUUCAGCUGAACUAGGUUUGGUAUAAGCUAAGGGUUGGGGGUCCCAACAGUUCAUUCCCACCCCAAAAUUUCUAAAGUAGCCCGCCUGGGAUAGGAUAUAGGGAUCAGAUUAAAGUUACAUGUACAGUACAUUUAGUCACACAUCGCCCACAAAUUAAAUGUUCUGCUUCCUCUAGAUCUGUUCAAAUUUGGUAUCUCAUUAAAAAAUUUUUUUCAUGAAAUUCACUUAUAUGCAUUAUUUUCUCUCUCUAUUGUAGGUAAAAUGUUUUUAUACACCUUAACCACUGUAAUUUGCCUGGUCAUUUUUUGCGUUGGAUUUUCUCGAUUGAAAACCAAGAGUCAGCAGCACCAGUCUUCAUUUAUGCGAUACAUGCUUGGUUUGACGCUGGAACCUAGACUCACAAAAGUAAAGUGGGAUUGGGAAGACCCCCAUAUAGUGGGCGAAUCUAUGUCAUUUUUUCUUAAGGUAAUAAUUUGUUAAUAUAUUAAUAUUUCAUUAAACGAGAAUAUGAAUAGCCCAAAUUGCAGUUGUUAGUGGAAGUGGGGCUGUGGAAUCUUUUUUAGAUACAACCCUUCCUGCUGUUUUUAUGCCACCUUCAUUUCAGCAUAAUUCUUUUUUUUUUUCAAAGAAAACAGAAGAUGAUUGUAUCAAAACAAGAUAGUCAACCCUAACAUGCUUCCUUUAACACUUUAAGUCCCCAUAGUGACCAACAUCAAUUUUCUCCCAAUGAUAUCCAUACAUUGUCAAGAGACUAGGUUAUGAGAAUUAACAAAAUGAUCACCCAAGAGAAAAUGCUUUGAUUUUUUAUCAAAUUCUCUCUACUCAUUCUUUAAGGAAAUAUAUAGAGAUCAGUUUGGAGAAUUUGUAUGUGGAUAUUGGGGCUUAAAGGCUUAAUGGCUUGAGUAUCAGUCCCACAACUAGCAAAUGGAUUACAUGACUGAUAAUGAUAGCUACUUCUCUUAUCACCUGAAGAUGGGCAUGGGCUAGAAAGGGCAAAGGGUUUCUUUAGUAAUAGGGUUUUAUUGGGGAGGGAAGUUCAGCCCUCAGCCCAACCCCCAACCUGGAGGACCAGAGGAUCACACUUUGACCUUAGGGUAAAGAAGGGAAGAAAGAGGGUAACAACAUUUCCUAGAAAAAUAUAACAUUCUGACAGAUAGGGAUGGGAAGCACACUCACUGUCUGUCUGAUUAAUUUAAAUAAAAUUUCCAGAAAAGGCUAUUGUAAGUUUCAUUGCAUAGUUAAUGUGUCUAAAACAACUUUUUUUCUGUUUUUACAGUUUUACAGGAUGAAUUUUACUCCUUAUCCAAUCUCGGAAGCUGACUACGUCCUUGUGGAGAUCAUGCAUGAUAAUACCUUUAUUGUAAGUUCACGUGAAUAUGGUGGCCAAAAAUGGGGAGAUAGUAAUAUGAUGAAAAUAUCAUUUACUGUUAGAGAGGCUGGAACCUACAAGAUUUCUGUACUUGCUCGUGGAACUCCAAUCAAAGGAAGCCCAUUCACAAAGACAUUUUUACCUGGUAACACUGUUGCAUUAUUGUUUAAAUAAUAUAAUAUUAAACCUCAACUUACAGAGUCAGCAAAGAUGAAGUAGACAAUCAAACGCAAUUCUUUUCGCUUCCAAGCUUAUGGUCAGUUCUAAAUAUCUUAUAAUCAUUACCUCUUCAGCAUUACUUUCGCUGGGUUUGAUGACCACCCGUAAUUUCCCAUGGUAGAAACAGGUUUUUACUUUUUAGUCUGUGGAUGAAAUCCUGUAGUAUGACCAAUCAACUGAAAUCUCUUUCUGCAGUACUUUUUUAUGUUACGAUUAUGUUAUGCUGUAUAAAGAAGUUGUAACUUUUGAGUCUGUGGAUGAAAGCAUUAAUGGUAUGUACUGUUGAUAAGCCUGUGUUAUGACAAUUAACUGAUUUAAGAUGAAAUUGUACCUUGUUGGCAGUGUUUUUGGCAUGGUAUCAUCCCAUUAUUCCUUCUAAAUAAUGAUAUUUUUAUAAUUUUUUAUGGGAAUUUGGGUAAUGAAAUGGUUAGUAGAACUCUCUUGUUUUUAAACCACAGGGAAUGUUGAUCCAGUAAAGUGCAGUAUUUUGGAAGGGGGAUCAAUUUUGGAGGUUCAACAGGGGAUCUAUACACCUCUCACUGUAGAAGCACGAGACAAGUUUGGUAACAUUUGUCCAUUAUCCGAACAAGAUGUUCAUUCAUACAGUGUUGAAGUUACCAAGGUAGGGCAAAUUAUUAUUAAGCUAGCUAAUUAUUUAUUUUACUACCUCUGUUUCCCCAGAAUAUUAGAAACCUCUUUUUUUUAAACAACAAGUGUGCAUGUACUGAUUAUAUCAUAUAAGUAUCAUUAUUAUUUUAUACCACAAAUCUUCCAAUAUUUUUUAACAUCCCCCCUCCCUAAAUGAAAAUGAUGUCAAAUCACACAUCCCCAAAGUUAUGCCAAAAUUUUCUUUAGCUACGUAGAAAGAAAUCCCAAACUCAUGAAUCAAAAAUCAUUAUUUUCACCAACAAUUUUCCAAGUUUUGCUGAAUACCCCUCUCCCCACAAAAAAUAUCACUGGUAAUAUCAAACAACCCCCAAAAAAGAUAUUUGCAAAAUAAUUUAUUUCGUUAGAAAAAAAUCUUAAAGGCCUGAUUUUUACACAACAAAACAAUCCUUCACACUUCCCCAACUCCAUAAAUGUGGAGUACCCACCCUUAGGAUUUUUGGAAGGUAUCUGUGUGGAGUGUACCAUUGACUGAAACCUAGCUAAUGCCAGUACAUUACUUGUCAGAUUGGAAGCAAAAUAAAGACAGACCCUGAACUUGUAAUCUUGCCAGAUGGGAAUGAUAAAAAUUAUAUUCUGCAUAUUAAGUUGGAUUCGGAAGGUUGUUUUAAUGCAGUGGUCAGGUACAACAAGCUGUCACUUAGCCAGGGACAAUUUACAAUCAUCUCUCUAAACGGUAAGUUUGUUUUUUACAAUACCAAAGGCUCUUUUCAGAUGCAGAAUUCUUUAUAAAUAUAUAUCCGGGAAUUUAUUCCAUUUUAGGCCCCAAAAUAACAAAAAUGCACCUGUUGUUUCAAAUUCUGAAUUUGAGUUGUUCAAAGUUUGCAUCUUAAUCAAAGUCAUUGCCAUAGUUUUUGUUUCUUUACCCUGAAUUAACUCAGAAAACACCUUGAAGACUUAAACACCAAGAAACACCCAUGAAUGUAGAGUGACCAGCUCACAAAUGUGACUCAAUUACACGAGCAAGCCACAAAACCACAAACCAAUAAUAAUACAAUAUUAUUAUUAUUAUUAUUAUUAUUAUUAUUAUUAUUAUUAUUAUUAUUAUUAUUAUUAUUAUAUAAUAUUACCAGAGAUUCCAACCCUGUCAACUAAAAAAAAAUGGAGGUGCAAGCCUAAAGGGGGUCCGGGGGCAUGCUCCUCUAGGAAAAAUUAUGAGAUAUGUGUCUCUAAGAUGCCCUUCCCUGCAUUUUGAGAUUACAGGUAAUGGAAAUACUGCUUCCAAAAUUACCACAGGCUCAUGGUCGGAUGCCAAAAGAGUAAAAAUGGCUGAGAACCACAGAAGAGUGACAAUGAAGCAUGCUAAAAAGACUGGUUAGGGAAAGCGUGAGGCCACAAAUAUUCACAUAAAACGGGAGGUUUCCGGCCAAAACGGGAGGGUUGGAAUCUCUGUCUUACUCGGUGCUACUGCUCGAUGUUGUUUCAGUGGUUAGCCAGUUAAGUGCUCCUGACAAUUUGUUUUUGGUAAUCCAUUGAUUUGCUUCAAAGUCAAUUCGCACCCAUCUAAGCAAGAUCCUAUAUGGUUAAAGUCAGGUGGGUUGUAAUUAGUGAAUGAGGGCUUUCAACGUGGGCAAAACGUUUUCAGACAUGAAAAACUUGACACUACAGUGAAUCAACUUGAUGAGAAACCACAAACAUUUGUUAUUUGGGGUCCUGUUAUUUCUUUUUUGGCUUGUAAACCUUAGUACAAGUAACAUUUAGUGCUGUUACUGACACAUUUUUUCAGGUUUCUUUUGGCAACUGCAUAGUUGCGUCUUUAACUGUGAUAAUCUUCUUUGGGUUUAUUUCUUCAUUCCGUAGUUCCAAUAUAUAAAAUUUAUAUAUUCAUCAUCACACAUAGUGAUGGUUCUCUUUUUUCUUAAAAGCUAAAGAAAUUGAUCAAGUCAACAAGAAUAUUAAGAGGCAGUGUUGGAAUGUUUGGUUUGAGGCUUUCCUGCUGACAAGAGAUGAAUCUCUGUUGACCCUGCCCACCCCCACUCCCAGCAACCCUGGCCAACUUAUCGCUUCUCCAACUAACACACCUCUUGCAUGGAAUGGCAGUGCCCUGAAAAAAUCUCAGAAGGUUUAUUGCUAUAUUACCAAAAAGGUAAUCAAAAAAAUAUUGUUUUUUUUUAGGGGGUAGAAUAACUUAUGCUCAGGAUGGGUUGAAUUUACCGUUGCACAGAAAAUGUACUCUGUAAGAAUUAUUUGAAGUUUAUUAUUUAUUCAUUAUUAGAGAGCUUUCAAAGCAAAGACGUUUUUGAGCGACGCACCCCAACCGGAACUGCCUCCUUUUCCUUUUUAAUAUGCCUUGAUGUUACCAAUUUGUAUUGCUAACUAGAGAGACAAUUAGCUCGAGGAUUUGGGCUUCCCAAAAAUUUAAAACGUCCUCUUCCCGUGGACGUGCGUUGCUCAAAAAUGUCUUUGCCUAAAGGGGCUGUGUCAUGGCAGUCCAGUUCAGUUUGUUUAAUUUUGCCAAUUACUCGCCCUUAAUCACUAUGGAACUUAAAGUAAGCACACAAAUUACAUGUAAAUGACAAAUAUCAGAGAUCAGAAACAAACAAAUAUGUCUCCUGAGCAUUAUUUAUGAAGUUGCAAGCAGCAGGGAUCAACUUCGAAAAACUGUUAGGCUGAACAGUUUUCAAAAACCCGAAUUUCAAUCCAUUUCAAUCUUCUUCAGUUUUGCCCAUCCGGGGAAUCUGUUGUUUCUGUUGUGUUAUUUUAACCUUCCUUUAAUGUUUUACGUGGUUAUUUUUUAUGUUUCUCUCAGUUUAACGGGCAUUUUGUAAUUACCUACUUUGCCUGAAUUUUGUGACACAGCUCCUUUAAGCUACCGUUAUUUAUACUCUUCAAAUACAUUACCUAGAUACUACUUGUGAAGACUUUCAAACAUAUUGUCACAACUUUAGCUUAAAAUGCUAUAAAAAAUAGAGUCCGUCAAAAUUGGCGCAAACUCAUUUUGAAAUGUUGGUUUCCUUAGUUUAUAUGGUGUUAAACUUUAAUAGUAUUUUAGAAGGGUAAUAUUUAGAUUUAGUGGUAUUCAAAUUCACAAAAAAACCAAAACGAUCACUUACGCUGUAGUAAAGAGUAAAGGUUGACAAAUGAUAUCUUUUUGUCUUUUAGCAAUUGUUAAUAAAAGAAUUUUAUGUGAAGAUAAUUCCUCAUCGAUUAUAUGGAUUUCGUGUCAGACCCACUACAAAGGUAUCUACUUUCCUCAGUUUCCACAUUUUUUCUCUUGUUACUGAUUAACCGCAUGAAUACAGAUAAAUCGAUGCAUUAGGGAAAAAAAUUAAUUUAAGGGGGCUUCAAAAGUAGGUUGAGUCUGAUCGUCCGGGUGAACGUAGUCCUGAAUAGGACUGUUGUUGUUGAAAGUGACUGACGUUUCGACAACCUGUGCGGUAGUCAUCUUCAGAGUCAAAGUGAGUUGUAUGACGUCAGUUGAUGGUAUUAUACUCUGGUUAUUGGUCUGAUUGGUCAUAAUACCAUCAACUGACGCGAUACAACGCACUUUGACUCUGAAGAUGACUACCGCGCAGAUUGUCGAAACGUCAGUCACUGUCAACAACAACAGUCCUCUUCAGGACUACGUUCACCCGGACGAUCAAAGUCAACCUACUUUUGAAAUGACUCCUGGGUUCAAACCUUUCACAGUUUUAAGGGGGCUUGUUGGCAAAAUUGUGGGGUGGUAGUUCUCGUAGUCGUCCUUGUUUUAAAAUCUAAAGGUUUCUAUUAAGGUUUAUAGGCAGACUCUUGGCCAACUAGAAGACAAAUUAAUGGUGGGUACAGUGUAUGUCUGAUAACAUAUCUCUCCUCUUUCAGAUCAUCUUACACCCCCCUGACACCAAUGCAGAGCACCCAAUCUUCACUGUAGAUGAUGGCGCGCAGCCUCCAGUCACUGUCAUGUGUAAAGAAAGGAAUGUCUUGGUCGCUACAUUCUCAAGACUCUUGCUCACUAGAAUAGGUCAGUAUUCAUAGUGUCGGGUCGAUUCGCCCGAUGGCAGUUCGCCCAGGUUAAGUCGAUUCGCCCCGUGUGUAUUUGUCGUUCUGAGAAAAAGGAACAAGCAUGGAAAGACAGUGACUGCACAUGUGGAAUACAAGGUUAGCUAAAAUAGCAUAUCAGAGAAGUAGGUUCACUAUGUUGUAGAGUGUUGCAUGACAUCGAGCGAAUCGACUUAAGGCUAGGCGAACGCCUUCGCUUUUUAAGUGAUGUUUUCGUAGCCAUCGCUGCAUGUCGUUGUCGGUUAAGGUCUCUAAUAGAGAGCUUUAGAUUCGAGGACGAGGACAUUAAAUUUUAAGUUUUCUCGCCUAUUCUCUAAAAAUAGACACCACAAAAGUUAUAGUUCGCUUAUUUCCGUUGAAGGAAGUAAAGCCCUCUCCCGCUCGCUAAAUGAUAAAAUUCCUAACAUUUGAUUACUUGAUUUCGCCACCACGUCAUUCGCGCGAAAACUCGUAGUAGAAUGACGACAGCUAUCACAUUUUCCCGCCAAAAUGACGUUGGUUCGCACGCGCGCACUUCUCGGUAUUGAGAAAAUCUCGUACUCGUAGUCGUCCUCGUCUUAGAAUCUAAAGGUCUCUCUAUUGGCGAACUUAAGUAACCACAACGAAGACGGCAACGAGAAUGUCAAAAUAGCAGGUUCAGGCUAUAAGUUCCGGCACCCAGUAGCGGACGAAUUUUCGACCUGUUGAAAAUUAGCGGACAUGCGUUUAGGUGUUACGUUCACACGGAACAAGGCUAGCCGUACGAUAUUCGGAGAGGCCUAGCCGUUCAAAAAUUUGAACAACACCGAAAUCCAGGUCAAUUUUUUAGCCAGCACGGUCUUAAAUUUGACCGGCGCGAAAUGAAUACCACCGUGAUUUUGAAAAGCACUCUCCAAAAUUGUUAACUUUUAAAACGCCGGCUUGAUACAAUGGAGUGGAGGGUGGAAAAGGGACACGGAACGGAAAAGGUUUCUGUUAUAACAGCUCGUCUUAUGUACUGUGUACAUGCUCACGCUCUAUGAAGUAUUUAAGGGUUCAGCAAUCAUUUAGAUGCUGAAAACAAAAUGAACACCAAAACAAUUUCUCCCUUUUGCGAUCGAAAACACCGUUUUUGAAUUUUUCCAAAUUGUUUGCAUUGGGCCAUUGCCUUUUUAGUCUGGUACGAUUUGCAAGAUGGGCGUUUUUUCUUUUCUCUUAGGUGGAUCGGAAAGUUUUAAGGAUAAACAAGAUUUCUUUUAUCGUGAACUUGUAGUAUAUCACGGUAAAAAAGCUGGAGAAGUAAACUUGAGGAUUGAUCGUCAUAAGCUGCUAGAGAGUGUAAGUUGUUAAACAGUUAGACACCUCGGAGGAGGUACUGUAUAGUGCUCGUUUUGGAGAUGCUCCGCCCGAAAGGGGUCAGCUUUUUCCAGGCCAGAGGUUUUAGAAUGGUGGGGAUUUCACGAAGUGAGUUAUGGAAAUGGGUCAGGAAACCUAACGCCUUUUAAAGUAUCUGGGAGAGGCACACUUAACGACUAUUCCGUUUAAAAGAUUUAAAAAGGGGUUGUGCAAGUCAUUCACUUUUCCCCUACGGUAAGGGAAAAGUGAAUUAUUAAACUGUCAGUAUAAAGCUAUUUCAAUUCAAGUUGUCGUGUAGAUCGUCGAAAACCCUUUGUAAAUCCUUGUGAUUUUGUUAUAACUUCGCGGUUUUCUGUGUGAUGGAUGUAAUAAGACGUUACAAACCUUUACCUUUGUGAUUUCAUGACAGAAGAGUAGCUUCAUGUGAGUUCCGUUACAGUGUAAUAGUUAUGAAAUUGCCUCAUUGCUUGAUGUCACGGCGCCCAUGUUGGUUGAUAAGAACAAGCGCGGCGUUUCCCUCUGUUGAGAACUAAACUCAGUUUGCAGAAUUUGGAUGAAAAAGACUCUUUUUUAUCCGAAUUCUGCAAGAACCAAAAAAUUUACUGUUGUGUCCACCAACAUGGCAUCUUUUCACGUGCUUGUAAACCAAGGAUGUUGUUAUGGGGAUUCGUCGCGUAAGCUUUCAGUCGAUGAAAAACGGAAUCAUUAUCUACGUAAAGUCCCUUGAAAGGGUAACCUUUUGAUUGCAAAAAAAAAUGGUGUAUAGAAGGGUAAGGGUUUGGGCCUGGGCCUCUGGGUAGUCGAUAGCAUCCCCGUCCCAGGGGCCCCACUCACAUAUUUUAAUGACGGGGUUGUCCGACAGAGGUUCAUAUUUUAUACCAAAAAAAAUCCCAACUUCAGAAUUUGUCUACCCAAAAAACUCCCUCAGUGUUUUUGCAUCAGCAAAUUUUAUUAUUUAUCUUCUGGAAAGCUAAAACAUGCCAACUUCAACUUUUAACUUUAAAAAAUUGCGAUAAAAUUUGGUCAAAAACAAAACUAUAAAUUGCGCUUAUGUUAUUGUCGAUUUGAGCUGAUGAAAAAUACAAUACCCAAAAAAAUCCCUGUGUUGUUUUCGCGACCCAAAAAAAUCUCGGCGUCUUUCAUAGACGCAAAAAAAUCCCUUUUGGCCGAAAUGUCAGACCCAAAAAAAUCCUUCGGACCCCCCCGUCAUUAAAAUAUGUGAGUGGGGCCCCUUGGAUCCCCGUACACAAGGUUUUGUAGUAACCUCCCAGGUUAAUCACCUACAAUGUCCAACAAAUGUUUUGAUUGUUCUUACGAGGAUUUUGGAAUGUUUUCUCUUUUGUCUUUUCAGUCAUACCAAGCUACUGUCAAAACUCUAUACUCGAGUGACUGGCUGCGACUUUUUCACAUCACAUUCAAAGGAGAAAUUGGUAAGAGGUUAAGCCUUAUAGAGAGUCAAAGAAAAGGAUUGAAGAACCGAGAAGGGACCAACUCUAGGUGUGCGUUUUAUUGAGGUGCCUACCGAAUAGAGUGUCAAAGAAAAGGACUGAAGUGCGGCAGAAACCAACUCUCUGUGUCCGUCUUACAUAGGUGUUUGUUAAGAGAGAGCUAAGUGUAACUUCUGCAUCACAGUCAACCUAACUCUCCCAUCAUUUGGGACGUGCACUAAGUGUUCUUCUUAGAGAGGCGUCCAUCUCAUAGAGAGUCAAAUAAAGGGAGUAAUGGGAAAGGCAGGAACAAACCAUAAGUGUCCGUUUUACUGAGGUGUCCGUUAAGAGAGAGUCGACUGUAACAACAAUUGUUUUGUUUGUUUGUUUCGUUUUUGUUUUCAUUUGAUUACGUGUAGUUUUUUUUUUUUCGCUAGGUGUUGACUGGGGUGGCUUGCGGCGCGAGUGGGUGGAGUUGUUAUGUAAAGCUCUGUUUUCACAUGAAAGUGGCUUUUUCACUCGAUUCAACGCCGACGAUCCUCAAGCACUGGUGGGUGUGAGAUUGUUGUCUUCAGUGUAUAUUGGUGUUUGUCAGUUAGCUGAAAAGAAUCACAGGUUCACGAGCUUGUCCAACGCUUGCCUGAUAACAAGUUCCUAGUAAACUGUUUAGGAUUGCUUAAUUUGUUUUCAUAACCUUUGACGAUCUUUGCUUUAUUGUACUUCAUGUGGAUUCCUUGUGUUGUCACGUUAGAGGGUUUGAUUCACAACCUGGAUUGCAGCUAAUUAAUUAAUUUCUUUCGGCUACUAAUUUGCUUAAUUUAAUGGAGACUGAAUUUUUAGCUGAGACCGCGGUAUUGUUGGAUUUUCGUGCGAUUCAUUGUAAAUACGAACAGAAAUCUCCACCCCAGCUAACCAAGUUGCACUGCCCUGGAAGGGCGGGGAGGGGUGGAGGGGGAGGGGAGAAAACGGUAUUGAGGCCGGGAAAAAUAGAGCCAAUUUGACAGCGUACGCGCGCUAUCACUGCUUUCUCGGCAAAGGAACACCAACGACUUUUAACCUACUCCCAGUUGAUUACUGAUUUUGUCGUUUCAUCCUUGUAGGUUCAUCCGAACCCCAAAAGGCCUGUUGGAAUGAAGUUAAAGUUUUAUGAGUUUGCUGGGCGCAUUGUCGGAAAAUGUUUAUACGAAUCUGCUUUGGGCUCAGGCCGAAGGCUCAACGUGAAAGCGAGGUUCACCAGAUCGUUUUUAGCUCAACUUCUUGGUCUUCGUGUCUGUUACAGGGUAAGACAUCACAAUCUACAUAUCUGCCUUCUUAUCAUGUUUAUUUUUUGAGCAACGUGUCUUGUAAGCGACCAUUUCGAAUCGCGUGAUCUUUGUCAGCUGCAAGUGAGCUUAUCACAAGAGACUCCCUGUGGUUCUUUUCUCGUAAGCGACCUCUUGCCGUAAGCGCUGAGCACUAAGUCGUCGCUUUUUGGGUGGUCGCGUACGGGAGGUUCGACUGUGUUUAGAAGUUUUGGUCUGUUUUACCGUUUCUCUGUGUAAGUUCGUAGCCACCGCUUUCCCUUAUUGUCUGAAUUUCGACGCUCUUUCUGUUGUUCAUAACCACAGUAUUUUGAAAGUGACGAUAAGCAGCUUUAUCGGAGUAAAAUCAAGUACAUCGAGGAGACUGACCCGGAAGACCUGGGACUGGUUUUCGCUGAAGAGGAGUACGAUAUGCAGGGGCGCUUAGAGAAGGUAAGAUAACGCUCCAUCCCGGAGUCUCUCGAGUAUGCAAACAGCGCUUACAGAAUUUUGAUAACCUCUGCAGCAAGUUGUGUUUUCCUCAGCUGAAAAGCUUCGUUCGCGUGGUUUCACUUAGUAUGCUUGCUUUCUAGCCCAAAGUUUAAGUUCUGUAAAACUUUUAAUGAUUGUAUUUUCUUAAAAACAGCAAUUUGACGCCUUUAAAUCUCUUUCUGCUGAUUAUACACCUUAUUCUAAGAUGGUGGCAAUAUUACUGUUCUUUUGUAUUUGUUAGUUAGCUCUCUUUGUCUCUACAGAAUUCACAACAACUGUUACUUGUCUAUACCUUGAAACGAGGCACAGAAGACCAAAUGUAACUAAAUUUUACACCAUCAUUGGCUGUAUUAUGCGCCACGAAUUUGGUCUUGGAAGUUAUGACACCCUUGUCUCUUUUUCCGCCACCCAAAUGCAGGCGGAAAAAAGGGAUGAUAUAGUUUCUAAUCGGUCGAACUCUUAUAAAACGAGGACCCCGGCAGAACGAACGACUCUUACGCCCCAGUUAUGGUAAAAUGCUUGAAAACGAAACGGUAUAAGUUUUUCCCCUUAUACUGAACAUUUCAGUCCCCUGGUAAUUUGUUCCGUCGGGCUUCCACGUAAUUUGCACUUAGAAAAUCAUCAAUUCUCUUUUAAAGACAAAUUUUCAUUUGAUGUACGUAACAACUAUAACGUUGUCUGGUUCUUGCAGAUGGUUGAAUUGAAGCCGGGUGGUGCUCAGAUCCCGGUAACAGAAUCAAACAAGAAAGAAUAUCUGGAUCUGUUAGCGCAGUAUCGUCUUUCCUCUUCCGUCAAGCAGGAGAUUGAGGCUUUUGCAAAAGGUUCAUCUUUUCUUAUCGCCACGCCAAUUCUUCAGAAACGAGAAGGGACCUGGCCCGAGUUAACUUUCGCAAAGACUUCUGGGACUGUUACUAGGGACAGAGAAACAAUGGAUUGCUGACCGGCACGAUCCCACAAACAAUAGCGGGACGCAUUUCGGCUCCAGUUUCCUUCUCGUUUUUCAAGUGGAGAGUCGUGGGUUGAGGUUUUGUUUGUUCUCUUUUCUGAGGGGUUCCGUUUUUCAGGGGGCUUCGUUUUUCCCCUCUGCUUAAAAAUCAUUGUUUUUAAAUUUCAAUCGGUCAGGGCCCAGUUGCUCGAAGUAUGGUUAGCGUUAACCAGCGUUUAAUACCUUGACAACGUAUUGGUUUUGAUACUGCUUAACCAAUGGUUAAAGCUAACCAUGCUUUGAGCAACUCAGCCCAGGAGUUUAUUUAUAGAAACUAACUGGAUAGCCUGCGAACGGCAGACUUUUCUCCUCGCUCACCGCCGCUGAGGGACGUUUCGCGAGGAGGAACGUCUGCGACUCAGCGACAGAAAUUCCAUACUGAUGACGUAAAUCAAUGUUUACAUAAUAAAUUCGGUAGUCAUGGAGUUCCAAAUGCAAAUUUGUUUAAUUUGACGUUUCCCCUGGUCGAUUUUGGUAAAGUGUUGUGUUCAUCUGCAAAUUAGCUCCAGCAAAGCUUAAAUCCUUCUUCAAGAGAAGACUAUAUGCCACAAAUAUUGGCUGUUUUGUUAGAGAUUCAUCGCGUUUACAUUUGACCUUUGUGGCCUUUUGUCUUUUGUCUGUCAUUCGUAAACAAUAGCUAAAACAAUGAAACUGCUCCGUCGACCAAUUAGCGCUUCUGCCCGGAUUCCGGACAGAUUUUGCGUCAUCCGUAUGGAAUUUCUGUGGCUGAGUCGCCGACGUUCCUCCUCGUGAAACGUCCCUCAGCGGCGAUGAGCGGAGGAGAAACGUCUGCCGUUCGCAGGCUACUAACUGGACCUCUGGUACUGUUCCAGGAAUUCGAUCGGUGAACUUACUUUAUUAAUUUUUGUGUAUUGCUGGGCAAUAAUAAUGGUUUAUUGUGUAAGUGAUGAAAAGCUGCUUAAGUAACGAUCCAGGAAAUUCGUAAAACCAACCACUGCUCCUCUGACAAGUCCAUCAGUACGUUGCGUACAGUAUACUAGAUCAGCUUUCUCUAACUUGAUCAGUAGUUAUUCAAAUUUCUUGAAACAAGCGAAAAUUUUACAUAAAAAAGGUGUUCAAUCCCCACUGAACCUCACUGGAAUUUUUUGGUGUACCAACAUGGCCGCCGUGACGUCAUGUAAAAACCAUGAAUGAGCCGUUAACUAACUUUUUUCUACUCUGUAUAGGUUUAAAUGAAAUGGUUCCAGACAGUCUUCUCAGUGUGUUUGAUGAAUACGAAUUAGAAGUGAGUAACAUGCUUAUCCUAUUUAAAACUUUGUUAUCACUAUAACAAAAUCCUCACAUCUGAUUAGCCACCCGCAGAGCUGAUUUUACCAUUAAUUAUUAAUUUAGUAGGACAAUGUAAUUAGACAGCGCGAGACAUUGCGGGCGCUGUAAUAGCACGUUUGCGCUAAAAAGGACCUUUUUCCUCACGUCCUGCCAAAAAAGGUCUUUUUGUUUUAACUAAACAAAAGUUGAAACUUUUACAAAUUGUUAUUAACCUCAAAUUUUGCUUAUUAGUUUAAUGAUUAAUGGGCUGCAGAAAUUUUUGUCGUCCAGUUUUGUAAUCAUACUCUUGCUCGCCGGUCCGGUUUUGUUCAUAAUUCAUAUGAUUUCAGACGCACUUGAACUCAAACGCAAAGCCCUGUUCUUGAGCCAGUCCAAGGCUUAAGUGAGAGAAAAAGAGGGCGCGCAAGGAACGAUGGGAAUAGCAAAGUGGAGAAGUGAGGUCUUUUCCUUCUUGCCAUUAUCCUCCACGCGCUCAUUUUUGAUUAUGUAGUCUGUACCUGACUUGAGAGGGCAGUCUUCUCAUUGAAUUGCAUUUGCAAUGUGAUUUAAACAUCUGACUUUUUAUGUUAUUAUUAUUGUUUUUGCCAGCUUCUAAUGUGUGGGACAGGAAAUAUUAGUGUGUCUGAUUUCCGACAAAACCACAGCGUUAUAAACAGCGGGAUGUCCUUUGGAAAGGUAGUGAACAGGCUUCAUUAAUAGUAUCGCAGAAGGUUAUUUAUUCAGUGAGGCUGGGAGGCCACUACAGGAUUUGUCGUAUGUGACAGCUGUCUUACAGCGCCCUGUUAUCUAGCAAUAAAUAGGAGCUCAUACAACGUGUAUAUAUUUAUGAGUGAAGAUGUUUUAACAGCACCAUACACAACACGUGGUUAAUUUUCAAACUUUGCCUUACACAACUAGUGGAAGCGUUUGCGUAAUAAAUUUCGCGCUAUUUUUUCGACCAAUAGGAGCAAUGUCGAAAUCUUUUCCGACUUGGUUUCGCGCAUUUUCCUGCGCUUAGUCGCUGGUUUCGAGCUCUGAUUGGUUCAUUGGAUUGUCUGCCCGUGCUGUUAUUGGCCAGAAUAAUUAGUGUUCUGAAGCGCAGAAACAACUUUCAUGAAAAGCGCUAAUUUCACGUUUCUUCUUAGACUCUGGAUUGGUUUUGGACGAUAGUGACUAGUUUUACUCAAGAAGAACUUGCCCGAUUGGUUCAGUUCAUUACAGGAUCCUCUCAGCUGCCUCCUGGAGGAUUUGCUGAGCUUUCUCCACCAAUACAGAUCUCUUCAGCUCCCACAACAGACGCACUGCCUACGGCACAUACCUGGUGGGUUAAAUAUCGUAUUUUUCGCGUCUCCCCCCGUCUCAGUCAGGUUUUCCUUUGUGAACGAAGCUGAGACUUCAAGGAAAAGAUGUAUUAUCUAAAGAAUUCUUCCUUAGCUGUUGGAGGGAAACAAAAAUACUGUGGAACGCGUUUAUGAAAAUUGUCCUCAUUAUGCUCCUGUGUCCUCAGUCCCUGAAUAGAUUGACUUCGUGCUGUACCCAUAUUGUGGUCUCAUUUGCUCAGAAGCCCUUUAAGCUAGCUAAAGUAGCAAGGCCGACCACUUGCUGUAAAGGUAGACCACCACACCGGGUACUACGUUCCGUACUUUCUACGAACAGUGUGUGGGUUCUUUAGCUUCCUACAUGCAGAAAUGAUGAUACGUGCUAGGGUUGUGAGACAGGGCCUAUGGUUUAUUGUCCUUAUCCGAGAAGACUAGAACUCAAACCGUUUUCAGAUGUUUUUAAAAAGGCAGCACAUUCUACUCAGUCAUUGAAAGACCCUGAGUGUUGCUCCGGUCGGGGUUUGAACCCCCGGUCUCUCAGGCAGACCGGAGCUUAUCCAACAGAGCUAACCGGGUGUUACCGUCUUUUCUUUCUUUAGCUUCAACCAGCUUUGUUUACCUUCUUACUCAUCGUUCAAGGAAAUGCAGAAGAAACUGUUGCUGGCAAUAAACGAAGGAAGCGAAGGAUUUGGUUUUGCCUGAUUCAAAAAUGAAGAAAAAAAACCGCUACUGAAUCAGGUUACGUACUGUCACUGAAACGAGGUUUUUCUUUGCGAUUGGAAACUUUAGAGUCGCAAGAAGUGCUGCCUGAGAAUUGGUUUCUCAAGGAUGGCUCUUUAAGAGAUCAUGGUUUGGACGGCGAGGUGGAAGACUUAGAUAUAGGGAGAUUAAGCAAAGAAAUUUUUUUUUUUCACGAUGCACGUUCACAGGAAGUGGGAAGGACUCACUUCUGGAUGACGACAACAAAAAAACUUUUCCUCAAGCUCCCCAUUAUUGAAUGCAUUAUCCUAUCCUUGCUUCUUAUGUAGUAGAUGCAUGAUUACAGGAACACGCCCAAAGGGCUCGAUUUCUUCCUUUUUAGGUGUUACGCUCGUGCGUACCUCAUAAUGUCAAGUCUGCAGUGCAGGCGUUUUUAAGGGGGGAGGGGGUAAGCACUAAAAUUCGCUUGGGUGUACGUAUCGUACUCUCCCCAAUAUUCGGAUCAUUAUAAGAUUCAGAGUUCCUACUCAUCUCAACAUUAGGCAGAUUUAGGCAAUGUUCACCCUAUACUGGAUAGCCUUUCAUGUCGGCUGGUACAGUAUAGUAUGAACAGUCAGCAACGGCGCAAACAGAACUGGAACAAGUCGUUCAUACACAUCGAACAUCGUGCCGGAGCCGUUCAAGGUGAAGGUUUGGUGAACUAAUUCCUGUUCCUUACUCAUGAAUAUUUACUUCCGUCUCAGUGGACUCCAGUCCUCUUUCCUAUUUAUUCACUUUAGCGAAGGUCCGAAUACCUGCUUUACACCGCACCAUAGUCUUGACACAGAAGCUAUUCGAUAUGCCGAUGCUCCACCUUCGAGAUUGACCGGGCGCAACUUCGCGCCGAAAUCCCCGUUGGUGUGUGUGAACUGAAACCGUAUCCGGUAUAGUUCUCGUACCGGCGCAAAAGAUAUCCAGUAUUGUGUGAACAUAGCAGGCAGUUACUCCCCACGGCACGCACAGAGCUUGGCCAAUGGCAGGGCGAGAAACGAGGCACAGGAAGUCGUUCAGUCCUUCCCGCGCGUUUUCGCGCCAUGGUCUCAUUUGCCUCUGUGUUGUCUUUUCAGCCUAUCAACACUAACUUUUCACGUAGGACAAGAUGUUGAGUUGGGACGGGUAGUUGUGGGCAGUUUCGCAGAAUUCUCUACU